CUUCCCAGGCACAACGAGACAGAUACUCUCGCUCUCCGUCCCAUCAUUCUGGAGGUCCUGACCCCAACUACUCCUAUGGUCAGCUGACCCCUCCCAACCAAUCACCUCGUACCCAGCGUCGUGCGUCUCCUUCUCCGUCUCGCCGAAUGACCUACGACCGCAGCCCGCGAGGAUCAAUCAGCUAUAUUGAUUCAAACCACUCCCCUCCUUCCUUUGCUCCUGGCUACGAUCAAUCACAUCGGGGGAGAGUACAACCCUCACACUCCUUGUCCAAUCUGCUGUCCCCGUUUGAUUCUCCUACGAUGGGUCGGACAUCCCCACGACUGGGCCGAAGCCACUCCCCUUGCCAGUUCAGCCAAUCAGCAGCACCCAGUACCCUGCCACGUAACUUUGUGCCUUUCAGCCAAUCUGAUGAAGUCAUGCAGAGACAUAAGAGCCCAGGUAAAUGGAAUGAGACUGAUCUGGACGUGGCGUCUCAUAAGAAGAAACCCCACCACGCCUACGACAGACACCCUCCCUCGUUCCCACCAGCCCACCCACGCAUCUCUCCCCCGUAACACCCGUAUUACUGUCCCUCCUGACUCGUCCUCCCUCUACCACGCCCCUCCCCAACCAAUCAUAUCCCGUAUCUCCAUCCCCCCCUGCUCCUCCUCCUCCCAGCCCCCCCGUCAGCACAGACCCAUCCCUCUCUCCGUCAUCAUGCGGCUCCAGAACCCCUACUGGGCCUCGUCUGCCCUCCACCCCCGGGCCCUGGGGCCCGAGAAGGACGUGGCUCUGUACCGCCAGGCUGUACCCAGGGAGUAUAGGGAUUACCUAGAGUACAGAGAGCCACAGACCCAGCCACAGACCCAGCCACAGACCCAGCCACAGACCCGUGAGCUCAGGCAGCCAGCCUACCACGGGGAAGUGCUGAAACCAGGUGAUGUUGACAUUGAGUUGGAGCGACUGGACCCGAUUCAUCAAAGUCCCACGGCCCCUGACCCAGCUCUCCCAGAGAGAGAGAGGGAGACAGAGAUAGGAGGAGAAUCCCAGGUGGUGGCCCCCAGGCCCCUCAGCCCGUCCAAGCUGCAGCCAGUGGUGGCUCCAGAGAGCCCAGAUGUCCCUGACAUGGAAGAACUGUUCCGUAUCCGCUCUGAGAUCCCCCGGGCCCUGAAGAGACGCGGCUCUGUGACCCCUAUCUCCAAACUUGACCCAAACCCUGAACCAGGGUCACAAGUCCCUGGCCAGCCCCAGAAGAAGCAAGCCAACCUGCAGCCGGAUCACAAUCGGAAACAGUACAAACAGAUCAUGAAUAAACUUUUCCGGCGGAAGGGGUUGACGGGCCAGCAAGGGGGGGAGAUGAGGAGUGACUACAGCUCAUCCUCAGACGGAGAAGGGGACAGCUUUACAUCCCUCUCCCCUGUCACUAACCCGGUCCCUGACCCUGAACCUGCCUCGCCAGAGUACAGGGGGUACAAUUCCAUCCUGCGUCGGGCCAGUCGGGAACGAGGGGAUUCUGGUCAGAGGGCUCGGCUCAGCCCUCUGGUUCUACUGCUGGACGGGUCACUGGUGGGGGAACUGGACACUGUUCAGAGGGCCAUGCAGGAGAUGAGUGACCCGAGCCAGCCGAACGACGAGGGCAUCACAGCCCUCCAUAACGCCAUCUGUGGAGGUCACUACAGCGUGGUGGACUUCCUGGUUCGUAUAGGAGCCAACGUCUCCGCCCCAGACAGCCACGGAUGGACCCCCCUCCACUGUGCAGCAUCCUGUAACGACCUUCCUCUCUGUCAGUUCCUGGUGAGGAACGGAGCAGCUGUCAUGGCGGUGACGGAGAGUGAUGAGGCCACAGCCUCUCAGAAGUGUGACCCGUACGCUAUGGGCUUCGAGGAGUGUGAGAGCUUCCUCAGGGGUGUGGAGGAGGCGAUGGGUGUGGAGAACAGCGGGGUGCUGUAUGCCCUGUGGGAGUACCCUUCCCAGGAGGCAGACGAGCUGGGCUUCAGAGAGGGGGACAUGGUGACUAUCCUCCAGAAGCCGGAUGGGGUAGAUUGGUGGUGGGCAUCACUUUGUGGCCGAGAGGGAUUCAUACCUAACAACUACUUUGGGCUGUUCCCUAAAGUUCGUCCUAAGUCCCUUGCUAGACUCCUCACCUCAAUCAGCCCUCGCCCCACCGAAUGGCUGGAACAGGAACUGGAGCAGAAAACUGUUGUGAAGACCUGGGAGGAGAAACCACAUUACGCAGGUAUAUACCUUUGUUCCUUUGUCCUGCCUGAUUUCACUAAGAAGUGAAGUAGAAUAACAGGACAUGAGUCACUAUAGUGAGACAUAGCAGUACUAG